AUGCUUUCCUCUACAUUCUCCCUGUUCGCCCUGGUGUGCUCAGGAGUCCUAGCCCUCGCCACGACCAACGACGCGGCCGGUGAAGACAUGCUCGCCAACGUCAACGAACCACUGCUUCUCGAGGACCCAUUCGACCCUCCAAACUGCGCCGACAGGGUAUACGAGACUGAGGUCGUCGGAGACGGCUCUCCCACCAAGUGGACGUACUGGGAGAAAGUCAGCGGCGAGCACUUCUGCGGCGACGGCGACUGCACCAUCGGCGAAGGCCAAGCCUGGUCCUGGAGCGUCAGCUUCUCCGUCUCCGGCCCCAUCAACCGCUGGAUCAGCGGCGGCUUCUCCGUCAGCGCGGGCCACGAGAAGACCGAGUACGUCGAGUGUUCGGCGCAGCCGCACGAGUCGGUUUGCGUGUGGUUUGGGAAGUGGCAUGAGGAGUAUACUGUGCAGGAUAUCGACUAUCCGGUGGAGUCGGGGUGCGGUGGGGUUGUCAGGGGUUCGGAGCAGCGGGUCACGAGUCCGAUGUCUGGAGAUAUGGGUGAGAUCUCCUGGUGCGGACGGAAUGAACAGUGUGAUGGUGAUAGCGAGUGGGCAAUUGACUGGUAUGGCUCGUGA